AUGGUGCUCUUCCUGGCCCUGCUGUCCCAGGCUGUAGGACUCCUGGUCACCAGUCUUUGCCUGCUGCUAGCAUGGGCCGUUUAUUACCACUUCGCCUCAACAGAAAUGCCUUCGGGGAUUUGCCAGCCUCUAAAGAUCAGAGCCCUGCACAUUUUCAUGACCAUGUCUUUCGGUGUGGAUUAUAUUUUAUGGAAAAUGGGUCUUUGUAGUCAAUUUGUGUUUCUGAGGAUUGUCGUGGAUGGUCUACCUCCAGAGAAAGAGUCAAGGCUCUCCAUCAAGAACACAUUCUUUGAAAAUGUACCUGUGAGGCUCUAUCAACCCCGAGUACCCUGUCCCGGGAAAAGGAAAGGAAUCCUGUUCAUUCAUGGAGGAUCUGGCAUAUUUGGAAGUAUCGAUGCAUAUGAAAACGUGUGCCGUUACUUAGCUUGGAAAUGUGAUGCCGUGGUCGCUUCCGUUGGAUACCACCUGGCUCCUGAAUACCGAUAUCCUACCCAGUUCAGGGACUGCCUUGUUGCUACAGAAGUCUUUAUGAAGAGUACAGAGGAAUAUGGGGUUAAUCCUGAUCAAAUUGUUAUUUGUGGGGAUAGCAUAGGAGGAACACUUUGUGCCUUUGUUACCCAAGACCUCGUGAAGAGGACAGACUUCCCCAAACUUCGUGCACAGGUCCUUGUUGGUCCUUUCCUCCAGGGUCUGGAUUUCAAUUUGCUAUCUUACCAGCAAAACCGAUUGGUUCCUAUUGUGUCCCAGACCCUUUUCCUAUAUUUUAUAUUACUGUACAUCACCAAGAACAAGUCCGUGCUGGAAUUUGUCGUCGAGGAAACCCACAUCCCCGAAGACAGGAAAGAGAUGUUCAAGAAAUGGCUAAAUCCUGAACAUAUUCCCCAGAGAGUAAAAAUGAGAGGCAGCUACACAGAAUUUCAGCCGCCAUCUUACGCUUUUGACAAUAUCUACAGUUUGAUGAAAGUUAUAACGGAACCAGCCUUGUCCCCACUUUUAGUGGAAGAUGCCAUCAUUCAGCAGUUGCCGGACACUUUCAUUUUGACCUGUGAAUUUGAUGUACUAAGAGAUGAUGGCCUUUUGUACAAAAAACGUUUGGAGGACAACGGUGUCCAGGUCUCCUGGUGCCACCUCCAGGAUGGAUUCCAUGGGGUGCUUCUCCUUUUCAAACGCUGGUUUCUCAAUUUUCCAUUUGCCCAAAGGGGAAUGGACAGUAUAGUCAAUUACAUCAACAGUUUAUAA